GUUCGGGGCGGUGGCCCUGCGAUGUCGCUAGUGUUGCUGAGCUUGGUUGCGCUGUUUUGUGGUGUGGUGUCCCCGGAGCCGGUGAUUCAGUGUGGCUCAGAAAAUGGACCAUCUCCAGAGUGGAUGGUCAGCCACACUCUGACCCCAGGAGACUUGGGGGACCUUCGAGUGGAACCUGUUAAAACCACUGUUGCAACGGAGGACUAUUCAAUUGUGAUGAACAUAAGCUGGAUACUCCGGGCAGAUGCCAGCAUUCAUUUGUUGAAGGCCACCAAGAUCUGUGUGACAGGCAAAAGCAACUUCCAGUCCUACAGCUGCGUGAGGUGCAAUUACACAGAGGCCUUCCAGACUCAGACCAGACCCGCUGGUGGCAAAUGGAAAUUUUCCUACACUGGCUUUCCUGUAGAGUUGAACACACUCUAUUUCAUUGGGGCCCAUAAUAUCCCCAAUGCAAAUAUGAAUGAAGACAGCCCCUCCUUGUCUGUGAAUUUCACCUCACCAGGCUGCCUAGACCAUGUAAUGAAAUACAAAAAAAUGUGCAUCAAGGCAGGAAGUCUCUGGGAUCCAAACAUCACUGCUUGUAAGAAGGACGAGAAGACAGUAGAAGUAAAUUUUACAACCAGUCCCCUUGGAAACAAAUACAGGGCUGUUAUCCAAAAUAACUUUUCAAUUGCAACUUCUGAGUUGGAGUUAGUACAGAGCGAAUCAACUCGAGCUUCCAUCAUAGUUCCAGUGACUGAGGGAAGUGAAGGUGCUGUGGUCCAGUUAGUUCCAUAUUUCCACUCCUGUGGCAGUGACUGUAUCCGUCGCAAAGGAACGGUUAUGCUUUGCCCACAAACAAGUGACCCCUUCCCUCUGGAUAACAGCAGAAGUGUGCUGAGUGGCUGGAUACCUCUCCUCCUCCUGGCUCUGCUGGUGGCCACAUGGAUGCUGGUGGUUGGGAUCUAUCUAAAGCAGAGGCGUGGAAGGAUCAAGACUUCCUUCCCCACUACCAUGUUACUGCCCUCCAUUAAGGUUCUUGUGGUUUAUCCAUCUGAAAUAUGUUUCCAUCACACGGUUUGCUACUUCACUGAAUUUCUUCAAAACCAUUGCAGAAGUGAGGUUAUCCUCGACAAGUGGCAGAAAAAGAAAAUAGCUGAGAUGGGUCCCGUGCAGUGGCUUACCACUCAGAAGAAAGCAGCAGAUAAAAUCAUUUUCCUUCUUUCCAAUGAUGUCAACACCGUAUGUGAUGGUACCUGUGGCAAGAGCGAGGGCAGCCCCCAUGAGAAAUCCCAAGACUUGUUCCCCCUUGCCUUUAACCUCUUCUGCAGUGAUCUAAGAAGCCAGAUUCAUGUGCCCAAGUACAUGGUAGUUUAUUUUAAAGAGGCUGAUAUCAAAGACAGUUACAAUGCCCUCAAUGUCUGCCCCAAGUACCGCCUCAUGAAGGAUGCUACCGCUUUCUGCACAGAACUUCUCCAUGCUGAGAAGCCCAUGUCAGCGCAGAAAAGGUUGCGAGCCUACCACAACAGCUGCUCCUUCGUGUAGCCCACCUAUGAGAAAUGAGAACUUGAAGGCUUCCUACCCCUCCAAUUAGAAAAACUUCUGUGAUGAUUCUGAAGUUUAUUGUAUGGGCUACUUGUACGGAGGAUCUUAUGUAUAUACCCGCUUUAGCAAAAGGAGUAAGGAGGACUCAUAAUUACAUGUACACCUUUGUCUAAUUACAUUUUUAUGCUAGUACUUACAAAUAUUACUAACUACUGUAGUAUUAACUAGAGAAUGUAAACUAAAUUUAUACUUAAAAAGCUAAAUCACUUUCAUAACUAAAAAUCAAUUGUUAUAAAGCUGUUAGCUGUUCUGACAAUGCAAUGAGAAAGCAUCUUCCAGCUGAAUGUCUGGUCUUUAAUUAUCCGUGCCUUGUAGGUAUAACUGUUUACCUCUGUAACAUUCUAAGUGUAAUGAAUGACAAAUUUAAUAAGCCCUUGCUUUUCACUCAAUAACUUCUUAGGUAAAAACCCUCUGUUACACACAGUUUUUUUUUUUUAAAUAUAACAAAACUAUAACUCAUCUUUCCUCAUCAAAUGACCUAGUAUAUGUGUAACUACUUGUAUUAUUUGGUAUUUUCAUAGGACCUUCCCUCUCUGAACUAAGUUAAUGUCGCUUGUACAGGUCACUUUAACAUGAACAUGAAUACACUUGCAGAACUGCUGUCUACUUCUGCCCAGUUACCUAUUAGAGGUCACUGUCAGGGUUCAGAGUUUCUUUGGUUAUUACGUUAACUUUUUGUGUUUAGAACAAAAAUAAUAAUUUGUAUUAUGUUGGAAGACAGCUCUUUUGAAGUAAUUAAUCUUAUAAAUGAGUUAUUAUAAUGGCUUAAGUAAAAAAAUAAAUAAAAAAAUAACCUAUCGCAGA